UUCGAUCCCUGGCCCGGGAAGAUCCCACAUGCCACGGAUCAACGAAGCCUGUGCACCACAACUACUGAGCCUGCGCUCUAGAGCCCACGAGCCACAGCUACUGAGCCUGCGUGCCACAACUACUGAAGCCCGCAUGCCUAGAGCCUGUGCUCCGCAACAAGAGAAGCCACCACAAUGAGAAGCCUGCGCCCGGCAACGAAGAGUAGCCCCCGCUCACCUCAACUAGAGAAAGCCCGCGUGCAGCAACGAAGACCCAACACAGUGGGGGGAAAAAAAAAGGUGUUCAAGAAGGCGAGCCCCAAUGGAAAGCUCACCGUCUAUCUGGGAAAGCGGGACUUUGUGGACCACAUCGACCUCGUGGACCCCGUGGAUGGUGUGGUCCUGGUGGAUCCUGAGUAUCUCAAGGAGAGGAGAGUCUAUGUGACACUGACCUGCGCCUUCCGCUACGGCCGGGAGGACCUGGAUGUCCUGGGCCUGACCUUUCGCAAGGACCUGUUUGUGGCCAACGUGCAGUCCUUCCCGCCAGCCCCUGAGGACAAGAAGCCCCUGACUCGGCUGCAGGAGCGCCUCAUCAAGAAGCUGGGCGAGCACGCCUACCCUUUCACCUUUGAGAUCCCUCCGAACCUCCCAUGCUCUGUGACGUUGCAGCCGGGGCCUGAAGACACAGGGAAGGCCUGCGGUGUGGACUAUGAAGUGAAAGCCUUCUGCGCCGAGAACCUGGAGGAGAAGAUCCACAAGCGGAAUUCUGUGCGCCUGGUCAUCAGGAAGGUGCAAUACGCCCCGGAGAGGCCCGGCCCCCAGCCCACAGCCGAGACCACCAGGCAGUUCCUCAUGUCGGAUAAGCCCUUGCAUCUGGAGGCCUCCCUGGAUAAGGAGAUCUACUACCAUGGAGAACCCAUCAGUGUCAACGUCCACGUCACCAACAACACCAACAAGACAGUGAAGAAGAUCAAGAUCUCGGUGCGCCAGUAUGCAGACAUCUGCCUUUUCAACACAGCGCAGUACAAGUGCCCCGUGGCCAUGGAAGAGGCUGAUGACACAGUGGCACCCAGCUCGACAUUCUGCAAGGUCUACACGCUGACCCCCUUCCUGGCCAACAACCGAGAGAAGCGGGGCCUCGCCCUGGACGGGAAGCUCAAACAUGAGGACACGAACCUGGCCUCCAGCACCCUGUUGAGGGAAGGAGCCAACCGGGAGAUCCUGGGCAUCAUUGUUUCCUACAAAGUGAAGGUGAAGCUGGUGGUGUCUCGGGGCGGCCUGCUGGGAGAUCUUGCAUCCAGUGACGUGGCUGUGGAGCUGCCCUUCACCCUAAUGCACCCCAAGCCCAAAGAGGAACCCCCGCAUCGGGAAGUUCCAGAGAAUGAGGCUCCAGUGGAUACCAAUCUCAUAGAACUUGACACCACCGAUGACGACAUUGUGUUUGAGGACUUUGCUCGCCAGAGACUGAAAGGCAUGAAGGAUGACAAAGAGGAAGAGGAGGAUGGUACCGGCUCUCCACAGCUCAACGACAGAUAGACUGGGGCCGGCCCUCCCUCCGGGCAGCUCCAGGUCCACUCUCAUGCACUAGGAUGCUUGUUUGUCUUCUUCCUGCCCUGGUUCCCCCUCCCCUUUGUUCUUCCAGCUUCUACCGGGGGCCCCAGUGGUCUUUCAGGUCACGGUGGUGAACCUCUGGCCUCAGGAUUGGCCCCGUCACCAUGCCGACAGGGCCACGUGCACCACCUUCACCACUCUCGCUGCAGUCACCUCUCCAUCCCCCCCUCUUUUCCUGUUGACCCCCAGAAAGGCCAACAUGGCUCUGGUCUUGGAAUUUGACUUGGGAUGGGAGCAGAAAGGGGAAGAUGGGGCACAAGGGCUUGGAGGGGUGGGGAAGGGGGCUCAAGACACGUGAGAGGAUGUCCACUGUCCCUGGUGAUUAACACAGUUUUGGCAGCUACAACAUGACCGAAUCGAAGGCCAACCUCUGGCUGGGAGGGGCAGACCGGUGGAUAGAUUCUCCAUGCAGUUCUUUUCGCAGUUUGGACCCACCGAACACCUCUCCCCUUCCUCCCCCAUCCCCCCCAUGCCCCUCUGUGACUGACAGUGACAUUAGUGAAGGUUUGUGGACCCCAGGAAUGGAGCAAAGUAGCUGGACUGACUUUCUUACCAGCAGUUACCUAGUCUAAGGCAAGUUGUGUGAAGUAGCCCAAGCCUAUUUCAGUAUCAUCAGGAUGUAAUAUCUUAA